AAUCCCGAAGCCAGGAAGUACUGUUGACCAAAAACAGCCGGAAAAUGUAAUGCUAUGCCGGAGAAAUAAAAAAAUAUGUCCCUCGCAGCCUGCCCGUGGAUGCUGUUUGUCGUGGGUUUGUGGAGCCACGGCGUAGCUCUCGACAACGGCCUGGCGAGGACCCCCACGAUGGGUUGGCUGCACUGGGAGAGGUUCAUGUGUAACACCGACUGCGACGCGGACCCGGAAAACUGCAUUAGUGAACGUCUGUACAUGCAGAUGGCAGACAUCAUGGCAGCUGAGGGCUGGAAGGAGGCCGGCUACCGGUAUGUCUGCAUUGACGACUGCUGGAUGGGUCCGAGUCGAGACGCAGGGGGCCGCCUGCAAGCGGACCCUCGCAGGUUCCAGGGGGGCAUCAAGAAACUGGCCGACUAUGUGCAUUCAAAGGGUCUGAAGUUGGGCAUCUAUGCAGAUGUGGGCAGAACCACCUGUGCCGGAUACCCUGGCAGUCUGGGUCACUAUGACACAGACGCUCAGACCUUUGCUGAGUGGGAAGUGGACCUGCUCAAGUUUGAUGGCUGCUCCAUGGAUGGAACUUUGCUUGAGGAAGGCUAUGUGAAUAUGUCCAAAGCUCUGAACAGAACCGGAAGACCCAUCCUAUAUUCUUGUGAGUGGCCUUUGUACGAGUGGCCUUUCCAGAAGCCGAACUACAACGCCGUUGCAGAGACCUGCAACCAGUGGCGCAACUUUGCCGACGUCUACGACUCAUGGAGCAGCAUCAAGUCCAUCCUGGACUGGACCGUUACCCAUCAGGACAUCAUUGUACCCUCAGCCGGUCCCGGGGGCUGGAAUGACCCAGAUAUGCUGGUGAUCGGGAACUUUGGCCUGAGUCUGGACCAGCAGGAGUCCCAUAUGGCGCUAUGGGCCAUCAUGGCGGCCCCGCUGCUCAUGUCAAACGACCUGAGGUCCAUCUGUCGGCGCUCGAAGGAGCUGCUGCAGAACCGCCACAUCAUCUCCAUCAGCCAGGACAAGCUGGGAAAACAGGGCUUCCGCACAGCCAAGGUAGAGCAUUUUGAGGUGUGGGAGAGGCCUCUGUCCAAUGGGAGGCUUGCCAUAGCAGCACUCAACACACAGGAGAUAGGAGGCCCACGGAGGUUCUCCUUACAAGCGGCUCCCGGCUGGAAGAUGUGUACCCCGCUUUGCAACGUCACGCAGAUUCUGCCCCAAUAUGAGGUGGUGGGUGUUCAGAUCGGACACUGGGUCUCCGUUAACCCUUCAGGCACUGCUCUGUUUGUGAUCAUGCCCACCAGCAGCUAUGAAAAGAGAUUCAUUCAGAUGCAAUGGCCAGAAAAAGACACUUCUAUAGAUCAUAGAAAAAACUUUCAAUUAUAAUUAACUUCACACCCAUCUGAUCGGUCUGACAGCCAAUAAUUAUUUUAAAAAAUAAUAAAUAAAAAUACGUCAGCGGUGUGGGACAAGACGACACGUCUGAGACAGACAGCACGUAAAGCCUGGAUCAGACUACAAGACAAAUUUGUUUUUUCAUGAUUACACUGUCAGACUACUGCAAUAAAAUCUUCACAUCCACUCUUUCACAGGGAUUUCUCGUCAACUCAAACGCGACCGGAUACACCUCACCAUGGCGACAACGCAGCGAGUGGAUUAUAUAAGAAUAAAAUGUGGAUAAACGCGUGGUGGUGCUCGGGAGAUUACGUUCAUUUAAAGAUUCCUUGAGGUUAUGUUCACAUAACUUUUAAUACGGUAUGGCUCGCAAGCAGGCUACAAAAUGUUAUGUAGCCUAGCAAGCUGGUGCUAGCACUAAUGGUUGUACGUAAACAUGCCGUGUGAUGUUGAAUCUUGCUAAAGUUUCAGUGUGUGUGUGUGUGUAAUGGUUGUACGUAAACAUGCCGUGUGAUGUUGAAUCUUGCUAAAGUUUCAGUGUGUGUGUGUGUGCGAGAAGUAAUUUAAUUACAAUAAAGUAAUUUAAUUACACUUAAGUUAGCACCCAUUAUUUCUGUCAUGUUGCAAUGUUGGUUUGACCUGACUGAUUAGAAUACAUGACCUGACUAGAGCAGUGAUUUCCAACCUUUAUGGAGCCAAGGCACAUUUUACAAUUGGAAAAUCUUAUAGCACACCAACAUACCAAUGUCACAAAACAUAGAUAUACAGUAAUUACUUUAUGUACUUCCUGCCAUCUAAUAGAAGAGCAUUUAUUUGUUUUGUUACUUAUGCCUCACUGGCAUAAAUAGAACAAAGAUACAUAUUUCUUGGAAACGAAUAAUUUUUUGAGCAGUUAAUAAAAUAAUUUCCCACGGCACACCUGAAGAUCACUCAUGGCACAUUAAUGUGCCACGGCACACUGGUUGGGAAUCACUGGACUAGAAUACUUUUGAAGAUACUCAGUAUACAGUACAUAACUAUAUGCAGUAAAUUAACAAGUCAUUUAAAUAGACACAUUGCUCCAUCUAGUGAUCGGAUCAGUUUUUUAAACUUGCA